AUGAGAAAGAUACUGAAGCUGGGGAAUUACGAGUUAGGGAGAACUCUACGAGAAGGAAACUUCGCCAAAGUUAAAUUGGCUAAGAAUCUCCAUUCAUCUCUCCCUUUUGCUGUUAAGAUCAUCGACAAAUCCAGGCUCAUUCAACUCAACAUCACCGAUCAGAUAAAGAUAGAAAUCUCCACCUUGAAGCUGCUCAAACACCCCAAUGUGGUUCGUUUACAUGAGGUCUUGGCAAGCAAAACCAAAAUUUACAUGGUCCUAGAAUAUGCAACCGGAUGGGAAUUGUUUGACAAAAUUGUAAGUGACUCGAAUUUCUGGCAGGCUGAAGGAAGGAAGUUCUUCCAGCAACUAAUUGACGGUGUCGGUUACUGCCAUGACCAAGGUGUUUUCCACAGGGAUCUCAAGCUCGAAAAUGUACUUAUCGAUGCAAAUAGCAACAUAAAGAUAUCUGAUUUUGGCCUCAGUGCAUUGCCUCGACAUAUUCGGGAGGAUGGCUUACUGCAUACAACAUGUGGAAGUCCUAACUAUGUUGCACCAGAGAUUUUUGCUAAUAGAGGGUAUAAUGGUGCCACCUCAGACAUAUGGUCAUGCGGCGUCAUCUUAUACGUAAUUCUCACCGGUUAUCUCUCUUUCGAUGAUCGGAAUCUUGCUGUUCUCUAUCAGAAGAUUUGCAAAGGGGGGAUUCCUAAAUGGUUGUCAUCUGGUGCUCGGAACAUGAUAAGAAGGAUACUUGAUCCGAAUCCGGAUACCAGGAUAACGAUGUCGGAAUGUGUGUGAUUGCAGCAGUUUCUU